GACCUGGGUGCCAUCUCCACCACUGUGCCAAAAUCCAUGGCCAAUUCCCUGUGGGACACCAGGGACAUCUCCUAUGCAGGAUGUGCUGCUCAGGUUUUCUUUGUAUUUUUCUUGCUUACUGCAGAGUUUUCUCUCCUCACCACCAUGUCCUACGAUCGCUAUGUUGCCAUCUGCAGACCCCUGCACUAUGAGACCCUCCUGUGCAGCAGAGUUUGUCUCCACAUGGCAGCAUCUGCCUGGGCCUGUGGCUUUCUCUAUGCUCUGCUGCACACAGCCAAUACAUUUUCCCUGCCCCUCUGCCAGGACAAUGUUGUGGACCAUUUCUUCUGUGAAAUGCCCCAGAUCCUCAAGCUCUCCUGCUCCACAUCCUACCUCAGGGAAGUUUGGCUUAUUGUGCUCAGUGCCUUUUUAUUCUUUGUCUGUUUUGUGUUUAUUGUGGUGUCCUAUGUGCAGAUCUUCAGGGCAGUGCUGAGGAUCCCCUCUCAGCAGGGACGCCACAAAGCCUUUGCCACCUGCCUCCCUCACCUGGCUGUGGUCUCCCUCUUUCUCAGCACUGGCUCCAUUGCCUACCUGAAGCCCUUCUCCAUCUCCUCCCCAUCCCUGGACCUGGUGGUGUCAGUUCUGUACUCAGUGGUUCCUCCAAUCCCCCUUUUUGUUUUUGUGAGCAAUCUGGUCAAGGGAGUUGUUCCCAUCCCAUACAAGAUACUCUUUGCAUACACAGAAGCAAGCAAGGAUCUUAACAACUUGCAGCCUAGAAAUCGCAAGCUCUGA